GCAUGUAAACCUUAUGUAUGGAAGGUUUCAUCUCUAGAAGUUUGGUUUGAAAAAAGAGCUUAAGGCUCAAGUAUUUGCAUGCUUGUUAGUUAUUUAUUUCAUUGUAAGAAUCGCCUUAAUUAGUAAUUUAUCAUGAUUUACUCAUUGCACUAAUAGAAAAAUGCUAAAGGCAAACACAAGUAUUGAGCUGUGCUGAGAAAACAGAAAAUACAGGAAACAACAGUCAUUGGGAAAAACAAACUAAAGUCAAAGCAAAACUUUGGAGAUUUAUUCAAGUUCACAUCAUUUUUUAACUACUGUCCAAUAAUUAAACAACUAUUACAAGUCUAGGCUUGAACCAAAAAUGUGUGCUACAUGAAAUGUUCUUAAAUUAUGUGGUGCUUUUCUGCUGUAGCGAUAGAGCACUGACUCAAGGGUUUCAGCACCACGGACAGAGACUGUCUCUUUCCUUUCAAGAGCCAAAUGCAUUGAUAAAAGAAGCGCUCCAAAGUUCCACUCAUUCAUCUUAAGAACCUACUGAACCCCUUUCAGGCUCACAACAACUAAUAGCAAAUCCAUUUUAGUUUCAAAAAUUUUAGCCAGCUGUAGUUUUUCCACACCAAAAAUAAUAUAAACGAAACAUUAUUAGAACAUUCUACAUUUUGCAAAAUUCAAAGUGUUUCUACACAUUUGGACUGGAACAAUGGCUUGAUCCUUGUUUGCUGCCAUCACAUGUUGUCUGCUGUGUGGUCGUUUUCAUGUUAUAGCAAAUUAUUGUGGCUUAAUCCAAAUGGUAUUUUACGAUGUUGAUUAUAAUCACUUUAUUUUGUGUUUGAACUAUUUUAUAACAGUAUAGGUCAAUUUGAUUUGAUAAACAACUUACCUCAGAAAGAUCAAUCCCCUGAGACCACAGAUUUGACAAUCAUUUAUACAAGUGGCUGUUAUCAGAUGUCAGUUUUUCGUAUGAAAAAAAUGAAAAUGCAAAAAAAAGUAUCAAAAUUAUUUACUAAUUCAGGUUCAGUCACCUUUUGCUUAUGUGAGGCUAUGAAAUGUGAACUUUUUUUUUAAUCUCAGGAGCUUUAUAUAUCCUGGAAAAUGUGAGUAGAAGUGAAUAAAUUCAAUAGUGGAUGUAUAUAAGAAACUUAAUAUUUCACCAAUUUAUAUAUAUAUACAAAACAAACAAAAAAAAAAAAAAACAAACAAAAAAAACGUCUGACAAAUAUAAUAUGGGUGUUAUUGUAAUAUGUAGCCACAUAUUACAUAGGUUUCCAUGUGCAGGUCCAAAGCCCGGUUGUGUCAGGAAGGGCAUCAGACUCUAUUUUAGUUUUAAAUGAGAAAUUGAGUUUAUUUUCAAACUUUUUUAAUACUUUUUUUUUUACUUUAUUGACAAAUAUUGCGCAUACAGAACGUCAAACAUUGAUACUACACUAUACUGCAAACAACAUUUUCAUAUUUGCCAGAAAAAUUAACCAAUAAUGAUAUAAAGCCAUAAAAACUGCAAAAUAAAUCAUCGCGUAUGGGAAAACAAAUGUGUGGAUCAGUGAAGCUGAUUCGUUGUGGCGAUCCUUAUGUCAAUAAUUAACUAUAAUUAACUUUAAAAAGUUAAGAUCCUCUAACUGUACAAGAUCUGUUUUAAAAAAAAUAUAAGGAUGUGUCCUAAAGUUAAACCGUUCUACUCUUCUAAUUAAUUAAUUAACAAAUUGUUGGUAAAUUGAGGUGUUAAAAUGAAAAUGGUAUUAAGUGUUUUUUUUAAGGAAUGAAAAGUUAAACAAGAAAAAAAAAGAAACUUCCAUAGAUACUAACUCCUCGGGACAUUGUGCUUAACGUGGCGCGCGCGCUCCUCCAACUUCAGGGACCUAUUUGUCCCAAAGAACGGCCCCCAACGGGCUCGUGCGGAGCGGAACGAUGUCAUUCUCUCCACACCUGUGCUGCCGCCUCCUGGACGGACGCGACUCCUUUCCCAGCGACUGUACUAUAAGUGAACGGACAGCUUAUGAGCCCCACUCAAAGCGGAGAGAAGCACGCACGAGGAGCGCCAUGGCGAGGAUAUUAGCGCCGCACCUCCGCGUGCUCCUCGCGGCUCUCCUCCUGGCGGACGCGUGGACUCUCGGGGCGAGCCGCGGGGCGACGUCGCCCGAAGAGGAGCGGGACAAAGAGGGCGACGCGGAGACGCCGUGCGAGCUGAAGACCGUCACCGUGUCUACCCUGCCGGUCCUCCGCGAGAACGAGUUCAGCUUCACCGGCGGAGCCGCGGGGAGCGUGGCCGGCGGAGGGAGCGCUGCCGGAGCAGGUGGCGGCGGAGGAGCCGCCGGAGGAGGAGGAGGAGGAGGAGCAGCAGCAGCGCCAGGAGGGGGGGAAUCCCGACUUCUGUUGUUCGUUAGAACUGACCUACCCGGGCGAAUCUCUGUAGUGGAUGAUCUUGACAACACUGCUCUUCCUUACUUCACUCUCGAAAUGUCCGGUACAGUAGAAGAUAUUUCUCAGGUACACUGGAAACAGCAGUGGUUGGAAAAUGGGACGCUUUACUUUCACGUGUCUAUAACGGAAUCUGAGCUCCAGGCACAGACUACACAGCCCACAGCCCGGGAGCCUGCUCACGCGCUGCCUGAACACAUGCAUCUGCUACACAUCUCAGUCAUGGGAGGCCUAAUUGCACUCCUACUCCUAAUCCUCCUCUUCACCCUUGUCCUGUACACCCGCCACCGAUGGUGCAAGCGUCGUCGCAUCCCCCAAAAGAGCGCCAGCACCGAGGCCACCCACGAGAUCCACUACAUUCCCUCCAUCCUGCUCGGUCCGCAGGGUCGCGACAGCUACCGGGGCUCCCGAGGAAAUCACCAGCACGGCGGCUCCGUCAUCGGAAUGCCCAUUCGGGAAACGCCCAUCCUCGAUGAUUACGACUGUGACGACGAGGAUGGAGGCGGGCACUCGCUGAACUCCACGCCCAACCAACUCCACAAGCUCAGCGACGGGAAAGUCUUGGAUGAUUAUGGACUUAACAUCGGAGGGCACACGGACACCAUGUGCAAAGAGGAUGAUAUUAAGCAUUUCGAGAAACGAGUUCUUGACCCAAACACAGAGUCGGUGGAGGAUUUAAUGCAGCGCUUCCAGGACAGUUUUCGUGUUCCCAACACACCGACAGACAUGUGUCACUACCAGCAAACGUUACACAACUCCUCCACAGGACGCCGGAAGUUCCCCAGCCACACAAAAGCAACUGGACAUGUGUUCAGUCCACAAGGGGGAUCGGGGUCAGAGCCUGAAGACGACAAUCAAACAAAGUUUUACACAGAGCAACACAGAGGCCGAAGACGCAGUAAAGGCCACUCUCACAGUCCCCUGAAUAAGGUCACCCUGACGCUGAUUACCAUCAGCACAUGUGUCAUUGCCAUUGUCUAUGCUACGCAGGAUUCCUGCCCCCUCACUGUCAAGGUUACCCUCCAUGUGCCUGAGCACUUCAUUGCAGAUGGAAGCAGCUUUGUGGUGGGCAUGGGCAGCUUCCUGGAUGUCUCUAACUGGCUAAAUCCAUCCAAAUUAACUCUCUAUUAUCAGACCAACUCGUCAACGCAGUGGGUCCAAGACUUCUGUGGCCAAAGGACCACUGAGCCCUGUGAACAGAUUUGUGACCAGGACACAGGAGAAUGCAGCUGUCAUGAGGGUUAUUCCCCCGAUCCUGUCCAUAAACACCUCUGUGUUCGGAGCGACUGGGGUCGUAACGAAGGUCCUUGGCCAUAUGCUAACUUAGAGAAAGGAUAUGACCUAGUUACAGGACAGCAGGCCCCAGAGAGGAUCUUCAGAUCAUUCUACAGUCUGGGUCAAGGAUUAUGGCUGCCAGUCAGCAAGAGCUUUGUGGUGCCACCAGCAGAGCUGUCAAUCAACCCUAUUGCCAGCUGUAAGACAGAUGUGUUGGUUACUGAAGAUCCAGCAGAGGUCAGGGAAGAGGCAAUGAUAUCCACAUACUUUGAUACAGUAGAAGACCUGUUGGCGUCUUUUGGACCGGUGCGAGAUUGUUCCAAAGAGAAUGGGGGCUGCAAACGGAAUUUCAAGUGUGUCACCGAUCGUCAGUUAGACUCAACUGGUUGCAUGUGUCCUGAGGGGCUGAGGCCAAUGAAGGAUGGCUCAGGUUGCUAUGACUACUCCAGAGGCAUUGACUGCACGGAUGGCUUCAAUGGAGGCUGCGAGCAGCUGUGUCUCCAGCAGCUUGUGCCUCUGGAAGAUGACCCAAGUUCCAGCAAUGUGCUCAUGCAUUGCGGGUGUGUGCAGGAGUACAAGCUGGCAGGGGACGGGCGCUCCUGCCUCCUGCAGGCAGAGAACUGUGAGGGGUCCAAAUGCUCAAGGCAGGAUGUCCACUUCAAUGACACUCUGUUCGGCGAGAUGUUACACGGAUACAACAACAAAACGCAACAGGUCAAUUUGGGGCAGAUUUUCCAAAUGACCUUCAGAGAUAACAACUUCAUCAAGGACUUCCCUCAGCUGGCCGAUGGGCUCAUGGUCAUUCCUUUACCGGUGGAGGAACAGUGUCGUGGGGUUCUGUCAGAGCCUCUUCCCAAUCUGCAACUACUCACAGGCCAUGCCCAGUUCAGUGAAGCAGUAGGCUACCCAAUGGUUCAGCAGUGGAGAGUACGCAGCAAUCUUUACAAAGUCAAACUCAGCUCUAUUACCUUAUCUUCAGGCUUUUCGAAGGUUCUGAAGACGCUUUCUGCAGACAGCACACGUGAAGAGCUCCUGGCCUUUAUCCAGGAAUACGGCAGCCAUUACGUGUCUGAGGCGCUCUAUGGUUCUGAGCUCAGCUGCAGCAUCUACUUCCCCAGCAAGAAGGUCCAGCAGCAGCUCUGGCUGCAGUACCAGAAAGAUGCAACCGAGCAGGGAGCUGGAACCGGUGGGCGGCGUGAUCUGAAGUCAAUCCCCUUCAUCAGCUACCUCUCAGGUCUGCAGAAGAGUCAGCUGUUGUCUGACGACAUGGUGAACGGCGUGGAGAUCCGCUGCGAAGAAAAGGGCAGCUGUCAGGCCGGCUGCCAUCUGUGCCAUCACCAGGCUAUCCCAAGUGGAGGAGGAGGAGGAGGAGUAGCAGGACUGUCGGGAAGGGGCCGAGGUGGUGACAAGAAGAGCGGAGAGCAGCCGUCCCCCACCCCUGUCCUGCUGGAGGUCACUCGUGUCGUGCCCCUUUACAGCCUGGUCCAAGACAACGUCACCAGGGAGGCCUUCAAGAGCGCCACGAUGAGCUCAUACUGGUGUGCUGGAAGGGGCGAUGUCAUUGAUAACUGGUGUCGCUGUGACCUGAGUGCCUUCAGCAUCGAUGGCCUGCCUAACUGCAGUCCCCUCAGGCAGCCGAUCUUGCGCCUCGCCCCUUACCUGGAGCCCUCCAGCACGACAGUGGCGCUGGAGUGGGUGGAUGUGGAACCACAGAUUGGCUACAAAAUUUCUGACUACAUCAUCCAGCAAAAACGAAUGGAGGACCCCUCAGAGGCAGAAGUCUACACAGGUGAGAUUCUGAGCUUAAAGGACGACCUGUUCUCUGGUCUGGGUUCACCAUGUGUGGUUGCUGGAAGACGGAGUGGAGACCACGCCCAUUCUUUGCUGUACUCUGUGGUUUUUAAGUGCCUGGAACCUGACAGCCUCUACAGAUUUACUCUCUAUGCAGUGGACAACAGAGGCAGCCACUCUGAGUCAAGCUUCGUCUCCGUGCGCACGUCUUGUCCGUUGGUGGACGACACUCGCGCUGAAGAACUGGCAGAUAGGGUGUACAACCUGUAUAACGGCUACACCAGUGGCAAGGAGCAGCAGAUGGCCUACAAUAUGCUGAUAGAGAUUCCACCUCCACUUUUAUACAGAGUGCAGCAUCACUACAAUUCCCACUAUGAGAAGUUUGGAGACUUUGUGUGGCGGAGCGAGGACGAGCUUGGGCCCAGAAAAGCCAGCCUCAUCCUCCGCAGAGUCGAGAAGAUCAGCCUGUACUGCCGCUCCCUCCUGAGCAGCACCUACAUCCAGAGCCGCACGGACACCAUGGCGUACGUCUACUGCCGGAGCGAAGAGGAGCGACCUCCGAGCAACACGUGGCACGGCUCUUUACACGACGGUCACACCAUGUGCAUGGAGAAACUUAUUUCUGUACAGCGCAACACAUACAGUAACACCAAACUGCGAUGAGGCAGGAGCUCAGAGACAAGCAACUCCUCGGGCUUUUGUUUUUCUGCACGCAGAACGUCAAGGAACUUUUUUGGUUUGAUCUGAAAGCAGGAGUUCCUCACACGCCAGGACGCAUAAAGGAAAAAAAGAGAAAAUUUUACUGGACAUUAAGUUGAAGCUACCAAAAAAAAAAAAAAUACCGGUUUUGUGUGGCCUGCUGUGAUUCAAAGACACAUUUCUCAACUGCUACAUGCCAGUUAUUGCACAUAUCAACCAGAAGGUGCGGUGUGAACAUGUAAAAUAUUUAGCCAAGAGAAUAUGAGUUGGACUCAAUACUUUGAAUGUAAUGUCGUAGUUCCUUUUUGGUGCUUUGCUUAUUGAGACAAAGAAAGGGGGAAAAAAAGGAAAUUUCAGUGUUAGAACUUCUUUGCCUUUGCUACUUACGUACAAAAAAAAGAAAAAAAUAGUUAGUGGGACAUUAUUUUAUUGACAUUAUCGCAGAUUUUAGUUGAAAUGACAAGAGUUUGUUUAGUAGCAAGGUUGAUAGAAGGAAAGCUGACAGUUUGGGAAAAAUAUUUAAAAAUAAAAAAAAGAUGGCUCUUAAAUAAUUAAUAUUAAAGCUUUUAUUUCAGAACCAAAAGGGAAAAUAACUUUAUUUUCAUUUUUAUAGGUUUUACAAUAACUGUACUAUUGUAUGGAAGUGCAUUGCAUUCAAUAAAUAAACAUUUUGUUUAUAUUUUCCUAAUAGAAACACCUAAAUUUUGCAAAACUGCAAAAUGGAAACACGUUUUACAAAUCAAAUGAGUCACGUGACUGCACCACAACAGGUCCCACUGCAUCUCACAGCCCGUCAGAAUUUGAGCUUGACGUGUGGAAUUGUUGCUGUAAAAUCACCAAUUAAUGUAUCUCAUUAGAUACAUGAUGAUGAUGAGCGCUAGUGGGUGGCAGAAAUGUAAACAAAUCUGCUGUAAAUCAAAGUAUAGUUCACAUCCAUCGUGUGAUUUGGAUAAAGUUUGAUAAAGUGUAAUGAAAACGCGACUAUAGACAUGAUCCAUGUUUGUUUUGUUUGUGUUUGUCACAAUCUCUCCAGUCUGUUUGUUCUUCUAUUAUCUACAAACACUACAGAGCACAUUGUUGGGGAAUUAUUAAAUGUUGUAUUGUAAGAACUGUUGAUUUUGGGUCCAUGAAUGACCAGGACUCUCCUGUUGUGGGUGUGGUUAACUUUGUAGCACACAGUCUGUUUUUAUGAUUUUAUGAUUUUUUUUUUUUUUUUUAUAACAUUUUAUUUUUUUUUCCACUCUAAUUUUUUUUUUCAGUUGUAGUCCUAAAGCAAGAAGAUAAGGACACAUCUACAACUUUGGAGAGUAAUUAUACAAGGGAUUUAUUAUAGUAUAGAGUAUAUUAUAACAAUAAUAAGUACUUGUGAUGUUUUAAGAUUAUUUAUCAUGAGUUACUGAGAAAUGGAUAAUGUUUGUCUGGGGUGUUUUUAUGUACUCUAUUGACGCUCCCUGCCUGCCUCUGCAGCUUCACAUACAAGGCAUCUUCACAAACAAAAAUAAAUCUGUUUUUUUUUUUUUUUAAUACACGAAAAGAUUCAAUCUAAAAUUACCUGUUUAUUAUAUAUAUUUUUUCUUUAUUGAAUGCAAUACACUUCCAUAUUAUCAAGAAAAAUAUGGUUCUUAAAUAUUUAAUAUUUAAGCUUUUUUAUUUAUACUUACUAAAAGUAUAAGGACCUAAUAAAUAUAUUUUUCAACAUGAAUUCCUGAAUUUCUUUUCAACCUUCACCAAAAAGUCUGCAGCACUGAAAACAAGUUAAAAAUAUGGAUUUUUUUUUCACAAAUAAAAAAAGAAAAUGUCACCAGAGAUGUAAACAGAUCCCUGUAAUAUAUCAGUGCAGAACAUUCUGUGAAAACAUGAUCUUUUACCAAUUAAAGUAACAAUUAUCAUCUGUGCUAAUGUAUUGACAAGAGAAAUUUUGCACAACAACAUGAUCAAUUUGAUCUACAGUGCCCCCAAAGUUAUUGAUUAUUUUCGUGCAGCAUUGUAAACCCAAACCCCCGCUGCUUUGCUUUAAACGUCUUGAUUCUAAGAAAGGAUUUCAUAUAUUCUCAUAUUUAUGUGUAAAUAAAAGAAAAGCAGGAUCAAAGAGCUGGACUAAAGGGAAAAAUCUUCAGGUGAGUGAAGCGGUCUGAGAAAUCUCUGAUUGAUCCCAUGGCGUCCUUUAAAUCUUUCGGUCAGAUGACAUAUCUUUGAAGCCAUGAAUAUUGUUUUACGGAAGAAAAACAAUGCCUUUUUUCAAUUUGUUGUCAUAAUUAUGUUAUACUGUAAAUUUGAAUUGUAUAAAAAAAGAUAUCUGUAUCAAUGUGUAAUUUUGUCCUUUUUCUGAAGAAUGUGAAAUAUUAAAAACAUAUGAAAAAAAUGUCUUAAUAUGUGUCCUACAUCAUCUGUUAAAAACAAGACUUUCAUCAGAAAGGGUCUUUAACCAUGAAGGGUGCUGAACGACCAUUAACAGCAAUGUGAGGUUCAGUGUCUUCCCCAAGGACACUUUAACUUGGCCAAAGCAGGAAAUGAAUCUGCAACCUUUUAAUCAGAGGUCCAACGCAUCACCUCUGCACUACAGCCGCCCCUCAAAGCUGGAGACCAAAGAAGACUGGGAAGGAAGUUGCCAGGUCUGACAAGUCCACAUAUUUGUAUCAGCAUUCAAAGCAAGCAUUUCUUGUAAAUAACACUGACUCUUCAUGCGUAAUCCGGUGGAACUGGAGAAAAAAAAGGAAGAACUUAAACAAAAUGACGACUGCAGUCAUUGAGUAUGAGUAAACAGCACAUUCAUUUUUCUUUUUUUUCUUUUUUUUUUUCCUGCUGGUUUAAUCUUGAUUGCUGCCUUUGUGGUGUGCUGACGUCACAUCAGACGAAACCCGAGGACGGGAUAUUGUUGUUCAAACUUGAAAGUGUUAACACAUGUUGAAACACCCACGUCCAAAACCAAUAGUAUUCAUGACUGGAAAAUAAGUUAUGUCUCGCACAUAAUGUUCACUUGUUAACUGAGAAAAAAAAAAAAAAUUCAAUAAAGUGUACCACUCAGUUAAA